CUUCCACUCUGAUUAAUUUGCAAUUUAAAAGCUGUAUUUAUAAUUUUGAUAAUUACCAUUGUACUCAUCGACUAUAAAACGACACGUCAAUAUAUUGCACUCUUCAUAUCUUGUCAACACGAAGCCAUGGCGUAUUAUAUUGUGUGUCUGUCCCUCCUUGCGAUUUUACAGUGUUUAACCGCUGAAAGGAACUUUCUGAAAAAAGUUAGGGAUACCAGGGACUGGGAAAAUGAAGUGCUUUCGUCCUCGUAUGAACCACCGCCACCGUCAGAGCUACCGUACAGCAGCAGCACGCAAGAUUCGGAUGAAUUUGAAUCAUCCUUUGAAGGUUCUGGUGGCCGCCCAUUCAUACAACCGUCUAAGGUGAUCUGCAAGUGCAAUCCACCCUGUUAUGACCAGGAUACCUGUACCGUCUAUGGCUCGUGUUACAUCAGUUACGGGGGGUCAUAUAACUACUUACUUGGGUGCCUCGGUGAGCAAUCCACCAAGAAUAUGUGCAAUAAUCAAUACAUUCAGGAUAUAUCGUGCUGUACUGGUGAUUAUUUUUGUGGUCAAUGUCGAGGAUCUGGAUGCACAAAUUUAGUUCAGAUAUCUGAUGAAGAUAGCGAUGACGAUUAG